AUGGACAGCUCAACACCGUUGUCUCCUGUUCAAUCAAGCGACCCACCUUCAUCCCCUGCUCAAUGGAGCAGUCCUACAAUUCUAUCUUCUCCGGACUCCUCAAGUCCGUCUGAAAUGACACUCUGUAACUCAAGCCAAAGAUCAGGCUCCUCAGGCUCUUUAAACACCAUGAGCACAAUGUUAAAUACCUCAUAUCCAGGUGUUUCACAGGAUAGCAAACCUACACCUUCUGAAUAUCUUCCAUACCCCCCCAAUCCAUCUCCAUUGGAGCUUCGCUAUGCAGCUCGGGUGAUGAAGUCCAAAUUCCAACCGGAAUUCUCAUUGGAAGAAACACAGAAGCUUAAAGAACAGUUGGAGAGUGGCCUCUCCCAAAUGACAACUCCAACCUUGUACAAGGGAUACAAGGCCAAGCUCACAAGUCGCGAGGUCGCACGCCAACAUAUGGUAUUAGCAAUGUGGGAGAUUGAUGAAGUUGCGCAAUAUGAAGCAUUCCUCAUUAGCAUCUAUGGCAAAAACAAACGGCAGGUCAAGAUGGCGGAAGGGGAAUUGCAGGGCUUUAGAAAGAUAUUUUCUCAGCGUGGCCAGGCAGAACUUGAGGAUGAUAGGCGAUAUCUUCAAGCUGUCUAUGAGGACGAAUGCGAGAUCCUCCGUGUCACUAGUGCCCAAACUGACCAGGUUGCAAAUCUCCUCAGUUCAUGUGUCAAGAGGGCAUUUUGA